CCCGUCUGAAUUUAGAGAGAAACAUCAUGUACGACAGAGACAGUAGAAGUUUGCCCCAUCUCUGUCGUACAUGAUAUCUCUUUCAGGAUUCAGAUGGAUCAAACUCAUUUCAUACUGUAUACAUAUAUAUUGUCAAUUUUAUCGCAUGUCAAUUUGACAUAUUAUUAUGUAUCAGAAUCUUUUCUUUUGAUGGAAGGUUUUCAAGGCAUUUUAGCAAUGGUCCACGUACAAGAUUUGGAGUUCUUGAAUAGAAUCAUUCAAAACGUCUACAUCAAAUCACCAAUAAAUGUUACAUCCUGGUUAUUUCCAACUAAAGACCACAAUUUCGUAAACGAAAUGUUAAAAGCUCAAGAUUUGAUGAACUUAACGUACGUCAAUGGUUUAGAAUUACUUGUGGAUCGAUUAUACACUAUUAUUAACUUAAUAACUGGCUACAUUAAAUCAUAUUCAAAUCUACAAGAACGUUUACUUAUAAGGCCUUCUCAACUUAGUUUAUCAUUUUCAGUAGAUUUACUCUGGAAAACUAUAGAAACAUUGACAGAAAAGUCUUCGCCAAUUGUGCCUAAUUAUACAGGCGUUGAAAAAGUGUGUAACCAAACUCAAACCGAUCAAUUAUGGCUAAACAGAUGUGACAGUUGUUCAAGUGCCGUUGAAUGUAUUAAAAACAUGGUGUGCUCAUUUGAGGAGUACGACGUUGCAAUAAGUGCCAAAAGGACGGAAAUCAGAAGUCAAUUGUAUGAAUUAACGCAAUUCGGUUGUAUGUUAAAAACGACAAAUUUAGUGCAAGACAGUUUGCAAAUGCUUUUCGAAAAACUUCGGCAGAAACAACAAGAAUGUGACGUGUUAAAAGCGGAAUGCGACGAUAUGCAAAACAAAUUGAAAGAACAAUGUGCGUCCCUCGAUUUGCUGAGUGAAGAACUUAGUACCUACAAAAAUAACAAGCAAUUCAACGACAUCAAAAUUAUGUCUUUGAAAAAUGAAAACGAUUUACUGACUGAAGAAUCUAGAAAAUUAAAGGAAAGGUUUGAAAAGAAAAAGAAAGAAGUCGGAGCGAUGGAGAAGGAAAUUGCCGAUUUUAAGAGAAAUCAAAAAGUACUGACCAAAUUACAAGCUCAAAAUCUGAAGUUGGUGGAAGAGAAAAAGGAGCUCGAGACGAAAUACGAACACUGCAGUAAGGCAAUUGAUGUAAUGCACACGAAUAGUAAGAACUAUCAAAAGAAAAUUACGAAGCUUCUAACCAAUCAGGAUAGAAAUGAGGAAAAACUGUCUCUGUUAAUAAUGGAGACCAGGAACAUUGCAAACGCUUAUAACACCUUACAAGCAAAAUACAAUAACGAUUUUAAAGAUUUUAGUGACUUAGGACGAAUGAUGGAGGAAAGUGGAGUCUUACUGCAAAGUUUAGAUGGACGUAUCAGUUCCGUGCAGGAAGAUUGUACCAAUACAAAUGUAAAACUUGAGAAGGUGCUAAAAACGCAGCAAGAGCAUGCCAAUAUUACUUUGGAUCGUUUUAAGAACAUCCAGGAAAAAGUCUCCGAGUAUUUAAUAAAGGCGCACAUGAAAUACGACGCCGACGAAAAACCUAAGAAAGAACUAAAGGGCAACCCCAUCGAAGACAUGACCUGCCAAAUAGAAGAAAACAAAAAGAAUAUAAAAAAUUUGCAGGACGAAAACAUGAAGCUCGAAUGUUUCCUGCAGAGACUCUCGAAAUUUAAGUCCCAUUAACUUUGUAUGCUUAUUGUUGUUUAUGUUGAAGGGUGUGGAUCAAUAAAAGUCGUUUAUAAAUUAA